ACAUGGCGGACACCGCGGCAAAACGAGAAACGGAUAGUGUUGGAACCGAUGAAUUAUCUCAGAGAGUCAAGAGGGCGAGAGUUGACGAUGAGAAUGGCGACGGAGGAGUUGGAAACGAUCCAGAAUCUGAAAAUAUUCUGUCCGAAUUUAAAACCUCGGCCGUUUUGAGUGAUUCUGCCCGGGAGAAGACCAUCUUCAUCCAUGGAAAGCUCGGCGAUCAGGAGGCUGUGGUCAUCCUGGAGAAGACGCCUAUCAGAGAGGACACCCUGGCUGAGCUGUUCACUGGGUCCAAGCUGAAGCUGGAGAUGAAGAAUGACAUCUACAGCACGUAUCAGUUGCUGGCUCCCCCUAAAUUCAAUGAGAUCAAGACCACGGUGGUGUGUCCGGCCACGGAGAAGCAUGUCAAGAAAUACCAGCGACAGGAGAGUUCCCUGGUGGAGGAGACGGGGGAGGACUACAAGUCCAUCACUUUGCCCUACAUUCAGAAGCAGAGUUUCAGCGUGCAGUGGGUCCACAACAUCCUGGACAAGAAGGCUGAGACGGAGAGGAUAGUCUUUGAAGAUCCAGACCCAGACGUUGGCUUUCUCCUCCUCCCAGAUUUGAAAUGGGACCAGAAACAGGUUGACGAUUUGUACCUGAUUGCCAUAGUAAAUCAGAGAGACAUCAAGAGUCUCAGAGACCUGACGUCGGAGCAUCUACCGCUGCUGCAGAACAUCUUCCAGAAAGGAAAGGAGGCCAUCCUGCAGCGCUACAGCCUUGCGGCCAGUAAGCUGAGAGUCUACCUGCACUACCAGCCGUCCUACUACCACCUCCACGUCCACUUCACCAAGCUGGGCUACCAGGCGCCGGGCUGCGGCGUGGAGCGGGCGCACCUCCUCGCGGACGUCAUCCAAAACCUCCAGGCCGACCCCGAGUACUACAAAACCCGGACCCUGUACUUCCCCCUGAGGGCGGAGGACGGACUGCUUGGCAACUUUCAGGAGGCGGGGAGGCUGUGAUCUACCCGUCAUUAGAUUCACGUCGUCACUGUGUUGUUUAUGGAGGAGUUUUUUUAGGUAUUUGAUACAUAUUUGGUACAUAAUUUGUACAUGUUUUUUAGCAACUUCAUAUGUUUCCUAACGUGACGCGAGUCAACCCAGCGGCUUAUGGGCUUUUCUGCCAGUCUCUGUUUUAAAUGUGUUUGAUAUGUUAACUGAAUGUUGUUGACUGAAUUAAAGAGUCUUUUCUUUUCUA